AUGACGUGUACGUAUUACAUAGCCGGCGUACCGAGUUGCGUGAACUUUGGCCACGGUAAGCUAGUCGCGGAAAAAUUGAGCCGUUCGCUUCCAAAUUUCUCGUAUAAGAUCAUAGUAAAAACCGAAGAAAAAUACCAGGUAAUAGGUGUUAUAGGUAAGGUGACGGAUGAAAAUGUAAUUAUAGUUUUGAAAUAACAAAACCCUUUCGAAAGGAUUACGAUUCGGUACGUCGAACCCCCGAGAAUCAUAAUACCUAUUAUAAAACUCAUAUCAGUCGUAUCAUCGUAACAUUCCACCAAUUUACUCGUUUUGACACCAAAUAGUGUCCAAUAGUUUUAUUUUACAAACAUUUUGUUGUUUACCGAAAUAGUUACAAUUCAACAUAAAUAGCUGUUUCGAGUAACAUGUAAUAUUGUUAAAAAUACGUCUCAUCAAUGAUUUUCAAUGGUAAAAACAUGUAAAAACAAAAAUUAUAUAUUUCAAUUUUAGAAAUAAAAUACGUUUAAUAAUGAAUAUGUGCUAUAAUGUAAAUAAAUAAUACAAUAUAAUAAUUAUACGCACGUCGGAAAUACUUUUAUCUAUAUCUAUUUAAUUACAAGCAUUUUAUUUCUAAAACUACUUUGAAGGGUAUACCUACGGGCUAAAAUUUGAGAUUUUGAGCGUAGCGAAGAAUUUAUUGGUUUUAUUAUAUUAUGUACGAAUUUUUUUUCGUGCCUUUUCUACCAAAAAUCUUGCUUCAUUCAAAAAACGACUAGAAAGCUUUUCUAUAGCAUUUCGGAUCUAGUUGGUGCAUUCGAGAGGUAUUUUUUUUUUUUUUUGAUUUUCCGAGUAGUUUUCAUUAUAAUUUUAUUAAGAAAAACUAAUAGGAAAAAUGGACAAAAUAUGUACAGCAAUAAAAGGUUCGUUAUUUGUUAGUUUCUCGGUUUUGUUUUUCUAUCAGAAAUCUUGUUCCUAAUUUAAAGAGUAGCAAUUUAUCUGAAAGGAAUUUCUAUCUAAUUGAUACAUGAGCUGCAGGUUGUUUUAAUUUUCCUUGUCAUUUCCUAAAUAAUUAAUAGAACCGGGAAAAACGGCAAACUUUACGGCACUUUAAUGAUUCGAUUAGUUUCAAUUUUAUUUUCCUGUUAUAAUUCAAUUAAACUAAUCACAAAAUACUAAUAACGACCUUUUAAAGGGAUAUUAAUGUUUUAAAAAUGUUUUAAUGUCGAUUUGUUUAAUUAUUUUUAGGGUAUUUAACGUGUUGAAGUUUUUUUUUUAGUUUUUAUUUGGUUUUACGCGGAUAAAAUUGUUUUGGCCGAAGAGGAAUUCUGGAAAUUUUAAUCGGGUUCAACAUAAGUUGUAGGUAAUAUUGACAAACCAAAACAGUGAAGUUGUUUUUUUUAAACGCGUUUAACGUUUAAUUUUGACGAUUUCAAUAUACUUUUACCCGAACCCUGCUCAGAAUAGUUUUCCGUUAGCGACAAUAUUUUUUUUUAUUUUGAAUUAACACAUAUUUACGAAUCAAUUUCAUCAUGAUUUUUUUUAGGUUAGAUAACUUAUCUUUAACUAUUGAAUAGACUACUGGUAAAUUAAUUUGAAUAUUUUUGGAUGGAUACAUUUUUUUUUUCAACAUUUUCGUUUAAGUUGUUUUUAAUACCUACACACAUAGCAAGCUGAACGGACUUGAAACAUAGUUCUUGUAGCUCUUUGUAAUAAUUAUUAGGUACCUGUAAAUAUUAUUUUAAGAAAAUAUAACGCGUUUUGAUUUAAUCUAUGAUUUUAUUAUUAGGAUUGGUUGCGGAAUUUUUGUCACGAACAAAAAUGGAAAAUCGACAGAAAUCCAUUAACGUGGAAAUGCAUAUCAAAACGACCGAACGGUGCUUGUAUUUUGAUCGGUGGCAUAGAUGAAUUUUUCGAAUAUCUCACCGAAUAUUAUAACGUCGACACGCGACUAAGCAAACAAAUCAAGAAAUAUAUAGCGUUGGAUAACCAACAGGUAUAGGCAGCAAUAAUCAAGAUACCUGUAUACCUAUACCUAUUAUCUAUACAAUAAUGAUUUCUUCUGUAGUAGAUCUUGGGUUUGAAUAUCGUAUUAUCGUGUCAUUAAAUUUGAAUAAAUCCCAUCUUUAUUAUAAUUAAAAAUAGGAUUCAUUUAAGAUUUAUGAUUUAAAUAUCUACGCAACGUCUUUUAUAUGCCCAAUAAGCAAUUUUAUAUAAACUAUUUCUGUUAAGCUAUAUCUGUCUGUGUGUCAGCUAUACAAAAAAUGUACAGCUCUUCCAAUAUUAAUGAAACUUAAUAUACUUGGCAUUUAAAAUAAGAAAAAGGUCACGGUCUACUUUUUAUUUUGAAAUUUAAUCACUAUAUAAAUAGUAACUCUGCACAUUUGAUUUUUAAUAUUCUAAUGUGAAAAUGUUGAGAUCGAUUUUGUUCCUUCAAUGUUUAACCACCUCACGGAGUAAGUUAUUUUUCGAUAUCUAACGUAGUUUUCAUAAUAAUUGAGAAAAAUUAAAAAAGACGAAAAAUACGAUAUAUUUUUUUCAAACUACGGCACAACAGUUUCUAUAUUUUAAAUUGUUACGGCUUAUUUUUUCUACCAUAAAUAUUGUUCCAAUAGAAAUAUACAAAAGACUUAUUUUGUUAAAUUUUGUAAUAUUAUUGUGGAGUAAGUAAUUCGUUUUUUGAUUUUCUUUGUAGUUAUUUUGAUAAUUGAGCAAAACCAAAAAAUAAGUAGAAAGAACCGGAAAAUGUACGAAAAUUAUUUUUUUAUUUAAUUCAGUGAAAAAUAUUCGUAGACGUGACAUUUUAAUAAAAUCUUAUAUUUCUUUUCUAGACGAGGUAAAAUUUUUAAAAUAUUUGAGCCAUUUUUGAGCCAUUUUUUGUAGAAAUUUUAAUUUUGAAAGUUUUUCAUAUAAUUUUUAUUUAGUAGAUACUCUGUGAAUACAAUUGUUAGAAUAAACAGAAAUGCUUGAAAAUUUGACAAAAAGUUCAUUAUAAGUCGUACUUAUAGUAAUAAAAAAAAAUUGUAAUGUAUUAGGUAUGUGUGUUUUUUUUUUAUAUUAUGAGUAAUUUUAAAAUAAAAUUUUGAAAACAAUCGUAAAUAUUACGACUUUUCAAAACACGUAUAAUCGAACUUUGCUACGAAUUGUUUUUUCGUUAGCAAUGAUUUAUUUUUAAUUACAGGAAUAAAUUAAAUAACUUUAUGUAUCUCACCUUUCUAACUACCCACCUACAAAAAUGGCCGCACUCGUCUCCAGUAUCAGCACUUUUUUUUUCACAUCAAGGUGUGCCUUGGCACACCCCGUACACCCCGUGAUUCUACCUAUGAUAGUUCAAAGUACAAAGUUAUAUUUUCAAACUCCUACCGUGAUCUAUUGUGUGACCUGGUAUAGGUAAGUCAGCGAACAGUUACUCAAUUUACAACAAAAAUAAUUUUCAGAGAUUACCUUUGAUGAUGACCGAGCAAAUACCAGUACAACGGUCUGAGCCGAGAAAGGUAUGCAUAACUGGUGCAGACUACCCAUCCACUUGUUACCUGAUAAUGGAACUGCUACAGCUGAAACCGCUCCACACCGAAGGUGGCAUUACGAUACGUCUGCAUCAUAAGGACGUGAAUAAAUACGGAGGUGCGUUUUUUUAUAAGUAAUGGUAAUUGGAAAUGAGCAUGUUAAGUGUUCGUACGACGUAACCUGGAGUUUAAAUAGUAUUACGAACAAAUCGUACAAGAGGUUGUCUGAGAUUAGCUGUGUAUGUAUGACAAGAACAAUGAGAGAUAAAAAUUAAUUUCGUGGUAAAAUAAGGCGAACUUCAGGAAAACUCAAGAAAGGGGGACGUGGGUUGGCUAGGGUAUCCAUGAAAACGGAUUUUGAGUAGUUUAUACGUGAUUUUCUACUGUCAUACAGAUUUAAUGAAAAUCAAAAACGAAAUAAACAUUGGGGAAUUCAACGAUCGCGGGCACGACGCCGUAGUGUUGGUCAACAGCAUCGAAGUGGGCCUGUUAAAAUGCGAUUUGCUCAUUGUCGUCGGCGACGCAAACAAGUACGCAUAUUAUAAUAUUAACUUAUUUCUGUGACAUGAUUUGUUCAACUUUCACAAUAUUGGAAUUUAGAGGAUGUAUUAGAAGAAACUAUGCAAACAUUUUAUUUAUUUUGGCCUAAAAAAAACAGGUCCCCGAGUCGAGUCAUCAUGAAUAAUCAAUGAAUCAUGAUGCCACUUUACAAGACAUUUUGGCUACUGCACAAUUACUUUAAUUAUUAACUAGUUACCUACUAUACUAAUUACUCUAAAAAUUAUUUAAGAGAGAAACGUGAAAAUUGAUUGAGCUUACCCCAUACCACCCACCCUGAUAGCGCCUAUGAAUAUAUUGUUAUCAUUACCGGUUUCUGGCACCGCAGGGAAGAAAACGAACCCCACCAUACCUGGAUGAACCGUAACUACGGUGCGAUGAAAUCUUUAGCUUCCAUUCUCAACCGCCACUGUCCCGAAUACUGCAAAGUGCUGCUGACCGGCAUGGAACUAUUGUGCUUCAACCUAAGCGUGUUGGCCGAGUACGCCCAUGGCGUUUAUUUGUAUAACUUCGUCGGCGUGACCGGUCAUCACGGUAUGGGGACGUUGCCGGCUAUAUCUCGAGUAAGCACCUAGCAUAAUGUACGAAUAACUACGUCGUUGCGCCAACUAUGUCCAUUCGGGAAUUCUAUUUAUUUUUUUUUUCUUAUUAUGUCAAGAAACAAAAAACCAAACACGUUACCUAUAACUUCUAUGCGAAUAAUAUUAGAUUUGCUCGUAGUUGAACAAAAAUAUUACGAGUGUUUAUUAAUAAUUUAUAUAAAAUCAGUGAUAUACCUACGGUUUAAACACUGAUGACUAAUCAUUUUUUAAUAAUUAAAAUAGACCUCGCGUGUAUACAUAUAGUAUCGAUUUUCUCCACAAACAACUGAUUAUAAUUCACUGAUGGUUGUGUUUGCGUCGUGCGUGUUGCUCAGUAUUUUACAAUUAUAAUAAAAAGUUUGACCGAUGUAGCUAUUUAGUUGGUAAGAUACUAUGAGCAUUUGAAGUGAUUAAAAAUGAUUGUUUGAAAAUAAAUGUCCAUCAGGCAAGUGGCGUCCCUAUUCCGGAAUUGCACUGCCCGCCGGUUUGGGGUUUUGUCGGUUCGAACAAAUACAUCGACGUGAAUAACGUGGUUUACCACUGUGACAGUGGUGCUACCACGACCAUGGUACCAAAUACGAGGACGCCGUCGAAAAACCAUAAAUACCUGCGGAACGUGUUGUUGUUGUCUACGGGCGUUGCGGAUACGGUCGACGACGAUGGCAGCUGCAACCAGUACACACAGGUAAAUCAACGUCAAUGCCAUGAUGCAGUUAUAUUAUUUGAGGAACUUCAAACAGCCAUUUUACAUGCACCAGAUAAAAUUAUCUAGUGCAUUUAAAAAAAUAAAAUAAAAAUAAAUAGCACUUUGGACAGAUUCUGACACUUCUAGUUCUGCAAGUCACUUCUUACUACGAUAAAACAGUUAAAAUUUCAAACAGCUUUAUAUAUUUUAGUGAAAAUACUUUCCAUACGUUUUCUACUUAGCCUAUAUCUUCAAACAGUAAAUCUUGAUUUAAAAACUGCAUUAAAGGCUGCUAAUGUUCAGUGUAAUAUUCAGAAUAUUAGAGAAAAUUGUGAUGUAGAGUUUCAACAAUUAUUUUUAUCCGUAAUAACUGUCUGUGAAAAAUUUGUUAUUACUGUAAUUUGUCACGUCAAUCGAAAUUAGAUGAUUCAGAAUAUUUUUAAGUAUUUGUACCUUUUAUAAAGAUAAUUGUUUAGACCAAUUGAACGAAAGAUUUAUAUCGCACAGGAUUGUUUUGAAUAAUUUUGAUUGUAUUUUAUCUAAGAUAGAAAUGAAAAUAUCUGAAGAUAUUUAAGGUAAACUCAAACAAUUAGUAGAAACAAAGUAAGAUACAAUUAAUGAAUAUAACGAUUCAAAUUUAAAUGAUCAUAUAUUAAACGGAGAAUUAAAUUUGUGGUACACUAAAUAUUCAAGUUUAACAUCUUCCGAACUCGAACAAAAAUACUAUUGAAGUAUCCUUUCAAACUAGUCCAGAUGUUUACCCAGUAAUAUCUAAAUUUCAAAUAUUCAUAACACUUCUAGUGUCUACUGCCACGGGAGAACGACCGUUUCCAACACUCCGUCGUUUGAAAACAUAUUUUGAGAAAUUUUUCAAGACAAAUACGUUUAAAUGGUUUAGCCUUACUAAAAUAUGUUCAUCGCGAUAUCAACAUGGAUACCAAUGAUGUUAUAGAAUACUUGCUAAAACAUCAAAACGAAAAAUGAAUAUUCAUUUAUAAUUUUUAAAAAAGAUAAAUAUUUAAUUUUCUAUAUAAUUAGCGCUGUAAAAUAGGAAUACAAUUUUUAAUUUAUGAUUAUAAUACACACAAAAUCAAAAAGGUUUUCAUUUGUUAUAUUUUUUCAACCUCCCCCCCUCGACCCCUAUAAAAAAAAAUUCUGGAUACACCGCGGCCUAUAAAUUUAAAGCAUUUUAAUAUAAUAUUUACUUAUUUUUACCAACUGUUUAAAUAAUUGCGUAAAUAGAUUUCUUAAAACUUUAUUAAGAGUGUUUAUGUUCAGCACUAUACGGCUAUACAUAGAACAAAAUUAAAUCUGCUUUUUUACCCACCCACUUAUUUUGCAAAGAAUUUCAAUUGAACGACCUGACCAACUUAAUGCAUGUUAUCAUGUUCAGCGCCACUGGUAGGUACCUACUUAAUAUUGUAACCGUUUUGGGGAUUUUGGGACAACUUUUGUUGACACAUCAUCCGCUAAAAGUGAUAUCCGGGACAAAUCCCCCCGCCUCCAAAUACACUUUUAAUAUAAAGUCUAAUCGGUCUGUUGUGAAAUCAAAUGAUAGGUAUGCUAUACGACGUCUAAAAUCAAUUGUUUCGCAGAUUACACGACAUUAUCCACUAAGCUGUUUGCCCGAAGUACGCGCCGCCGUCAGAUUGAUAUCGGAAUGGUUUGAUAACGAAGAUAACGAUCGCGUAACCAUCAGUGCGGCAGUUUUUUCCGAUGGUUUGUUUCUUUUCGCGUAAAGUAUACUCGUUCGAAUUUAACACGUGACGUAUACCUGAUACCUAUAUCCAUUCCUCAUGUUGAGAUUAUAGGUUAUUAUAUAGGUUAGACACUUAUUUUACAAUAAUAUAAAUUACAAAUAUUAACAAAAAUAUAAUGAAAUAAAUCAGUGAUUAAAUUGUGGAGGGAGGUGUGGAUGAAGACCAAAUUUCCCUUCUUAUUUAAGGUGAAAUUGUCAAUCACCUUUAGUUUAAGAAAAUUAAGUCUUCAUAUUAGAGUACCUAAUAGAUAAUAUAUUUAGGUAUCCCUCUACAUAUAUAUUUAUUAUUUAUAGUCCCUAAUUGUUGUCAUUCAAAAACAAUGGGUUAUUCACGCCUAUGAUAGUAACUAGUAAGUAUAAAAUAAUGUAAUAAGAAUAUUUGUAUUGAGAUAAAAGUUUAAUUGUUACUAAUAAGUUAUUGAGCUAAGCAAAUUGGUUUUUUUUUUUAGUUUUAAUAUGGGCCGGUUAAAACUUUUGCAUCCCCUUCUCAAAAACUGAAAUGACGCCACUGCCUAUUACUUAUUAUAACACUUUAUGAACUAUAUAUGAAAAAAAAACAUUUUGGAAGUCUUAAUAUCUCUGUGAUGGGUUUUCUAAAAAUUUUGUUAGAUUUAGUUAGUUCUCGAGAAUGCGUCUUAAUUUCUAGUAAAAAUAGUCGCCUAUCGAAGUUGUUCCUACUUUAAUCACUGAAAGAAAUUUAAUAUUCAAAGAUGAGUGCGCGUGUGGAGAUUUAAAUUUAAAAAUCAGUUUACGAACGAGUACCUACCUACCCUUGUUCAACAUUUCAAACUUUAAACUUUGUCAAAAACUGAUGUAGCUAUAUUGUCAUUUAUUUCUCUAAUCAUUAAAAUACUUACUUACCUACCAACUAGAAAUUACAAAAUAAAUUACUUCCCAUGCAACCAAUUAUAUAUUAUAAAGUAAUACCAAAAACCUCAUUUUAUGUUGACGGUUGGUAUAUGCAAUUUUAAUAAAAAUUAAACAAAAUUGAAAACUUAUCAUCUGAAAAACAAAGAUAUCAAUUAAAUUAACUUUCAAAUAAAUCACAAUUAUUCAUUAGUGUGUAAUCAUGAAAUUUUUUCAAAACUUAGCAAUGGUGAACAUUAAGUAUUUAGUUUAAAGGCUAAUUUUUAAAAAACUGUUUUAACUUAACAAAGUGUUUAACAUCAAUGCUCGCUGAGAUCACAUAUACCCCCUAUACUUAUUAAGCUCGUGUCAUUAAUCUGUUUCUCUGUGUUCUUUUUGACUUUUCUUUUCAAAUGCAUACCGUACGAAAACUGAAAUAUACACAAACCACAUUCCACACAUACUGUCACAAAUUUCGAAAUUUCUUAACCCCGGAAAGCAUCAAUUUACAUUUUAAUUACCCGCCACAAAUAAACACAAUGAGUUGUAAUACGGCGAGCGCAGCGGUUAUCCCACCGUCCUCGCCUCCUGCCACAGCAGAUAAGCCUAAUUAUUUAAAUGUACCCCGUCAUUGCCAAUUAACAAAGUAAUCAACAAGGUGCGAUUUUCACACCCGCCACUAUAAUUAAAAAGAAAAUGCUAAGUACCGUUGAUAAUAUUGAUAAGCCUAACGACGACUCUAAAUCGUUGAAGCAAAAUCAAAAAGUAAUCGGAUUAAAUUGGCAAACCCGAAUAUUUGGUAAUCAGAAAAAAAAGGCAGAGUGUAUACUUUGUACUUUUAAUUUUAGAUUCUGAUUGGAGUGAAGAAGCUUAUAAAGUUUUACAAAAAUAUUUAUUUUUUUUUUUGUCUGUUAACAACUUUUCUACCAAAAAACUUGCUCGUAUUUCUAAGUGUAGCGCUUUUUCUGAAAGAAAAUCAGUGUGGAGAAAUACUGUAGAUUAUUUUUCUAUUUUCUCGACUUUUCUCAUACAAUUUGAAAAACCGAAAAAAAAAACGGGAAAAUGUACGAAAUAUAUGACUAAAAUAUUAUAUCAAAAAUAUUGUAAAUAAUAUUUAUUUAUGUGUAAAUGUAUUUCUUGGUUUUUAUCAAAACUGUAGAGGACUUAAAACUAAAUUAUUUAGUUUUAGAUGUAAUACUUCUUGUUUUAACUAUCCGUUUUUUGCAUUAACUGAACCGUGGCUUAACAAGGAUAUAGCUGAUGGUGAACUUAAUUUGUUUAGUUAUAAUAUUUUUCGAUUUUACCGAAAUCGUACCACUAGUAGCCACUCUAGGGGUGGAGGGGUCCAUUUUGGUGUACGUAUUGACUAUCUUGUGUGGGUAUUGAAACUUUAUUUGUGAGCUUUGCUCUUAAUAGGAAAAAAUUUAAAUUAUAAUUAGCAGCACCUACCUACCUCCAAAUUCUCCUUCUCAAUCCUUUUGAGACCUAUAUGUCUACUGUUAAGAAUUUACUUUCCAUUUAUUUUGACCACUUGUUGAUUCUCCAUAGUAAUUUUAAUCUUCCGAAUAUUACUUUGUCCAAUGAUAAUUAUGUUUUCAUGUAAUCUUUUUCUUCUUGCAAAAAUGGAUGUUUGUAUUUAGUAUUUUCUAUUAGACAUAACGCAAUAAGUUAUUAACAUAUUAACAAAAGAUAUUUAGUUUUUUCGAGACAUUUUUGAAGAAAUGACUGUCUAUUUUAUUAAUGAAAUAAAUAAUUGUUCAUAAUAAGUGUUAUUUAAAGUUAUAAGUUUUAAAUUAGUUUUAGUUAUCGUCACCAUCAUCAUCAUCAUCGUCAUCAGCGUUACCUUCAACCAUCAUCAUUGUCAUCAUAUCGAAAUGAGAGCGGGAAAUUUGGUGAUUUUAAUAAAGCAGGUGCUUCAACUGGAAUUGAUAGCAAUUUUUUCUUUAGUAAUUUUCUUUUACUUGAAAUUACAGGAUCUAAACUUAGUAAUAACAAAUUAAUAAUAUCUAAAUUAGUUUUUUCCUGGAUUUAUGCUCUCGGUAUCUUUUAAAGUCCUUAUUUCGCGCUUCUUGGGCUUCUUCAGCCAACUGUCCUAUUGUUAAUAAAGUAGAUUCAAUUAUUUCUGGUCCAUGAAUAAAGAACUUGUGCAUCGUGAGAGAUAUAUUGUACCACGAAUACUUCUUUACAAAAUACUUUGCAAUUUUAUAAGUAUAUUCACGAAACUCAUCAAUUUUAAUUUCGAAUCCACUAGCUACUACUAUCAUUACUAUGUGUAUUUUUUUAAUUAAUUCUACAUCUAAUUUAGUAAUUUCAUCGGAAAUUUCCGAAUUUUGAAAAAAACAUCUAGCUGUGUUAUAUUUUGACCUUUAAACAAUAAUUCGUGCUAGACUAAACCGAUCCCAAAAAAAUAAAAAUAAUGAUUAAUGAGUAAAAUAAUUGUUUUUUCUUAUGAAAUUAGUAUGCGUUGUCGUUGUCAAAAACUAUUAACACAUAAUAGGGCAAAUAUAAGCAACAUUUUUUUCCUCGAAUUGAAAAAUUACUCUAGUAACUAUUAUAUUUUGCAAUUAUUAAAGCUUGGACGAAUUUGAAAGUGAAUUAAAAUUGUAUAUCUUUAUUGUACGAAUAUAUACAAUGACGAAUAUACGUAUAUAUAUAUAUAUAUAUAUAUAUAUAUUCAAAAUAACACACUUAUUUUAAAAAAAAGUGUGGCGAAACUGACCUUUAGUUAGGUGUUUUGUGUUAAUUUGAAGGUGGUACACUUAAAAAUCGCAAAGUUAUAACAAAAACAAUAAAAAAAUUUAAAUCCAGUUAAAUUAUAAUGCGUGGUGAACUAAUGCUACGACUGCUGUAACUAAAUCAAUUAAGGUCAGCAUCGUUAUAUCGGAUAUACAUAAUAAUACGAUAAGAUAAUUCAAUUCGAUAAAUGCUAUUUUUGCCAGCUUUUGAUAUCGUUUGCCCCACUAUGCGCCUCAAUACCUUUCUCUGUUACUUUUUACAUUAUUUAUUAAUAGUGUAAACAAAGUUAUUCGUCACAGUAAACUCCAACUAUUUGCAGAUGGCUUGAAGCUGUUUUUAAAAAUUCCCUCUGUACUUGACUGUCACCUACUUCAAAGUGACUUAAACGAAUUAGAUGCUUGGACUGUUAAUAUUGGUUUGGACUUUAUCCCUCCAAAUGUUGUUCUAAGUUUUUUUUAUAGAAGUCGUACUCGUUUGAAAUUUAAAUAUAUUAUGCACGGCUCUUAUCUUACAAUCGAAGAUAAUGCGAUAAAAGAUCUUGGAGUUAUCUAUGACAGUGAUCUAAAUUUUCGUUCCCAUAUAGAUGCGUCGUGCUGUAAAGCUUUAAAAGUUCUUGGAUUUCUUAAGCGGGUUCGCAAAAAAUUUAAGUUGAUAACUCCGCUAAAAGCAUUAUAUUGUGCACUUUUUGCUCUUUCUAUUGUUAUUUAUACUUUAUGCACUUUUAAUGUGUUCAUUUUAAUUAUAUUAAUUGUUAUUCUGUAUUUUGGGCCGCGGCUCAUAUUGAAAUAAAAAUAAAAAAAUACUAUUUUUUUUUCCUGUGCACAACUUUUCAACAAGCAAUUUUGCUCCAACUUUCAACGAUAGCAACGUUUCUGAAAAGAAAUUUCACUGGGAAGGUACUAUAGAGAUCGGUUUUUUUCCCGAAGUUUUCUCAACAAAUGUGAAAAACUGGGAAAACCGGAAAAAUCGGUAUAACAUUAGGUAAAUAUUAUUAAAAAAAAUAUAUAGAGCCUAUUUUACUAUAAUAUAGGAUAUUGUUGACAAAAUAUCACUAUUAAGUGAACUCCGCUCAGAAUCGUUUUUUCGUAAGCAAUGGUUUAUAUAGAUAAACCUACAACAGCAGCUGCACCCGUCCCCAUUAUCCUAGGACGUCUCUUUUUUUUUUGUUUUCCCCGACCAACCAUUAAUUUUCUUACCAGAAAAGUUAAUGAAGUUAAAAAUAAGUUGAAUAAAGUUUUUAGUAAAAAUACAAAAAAAUACACACUAUAUCAAUAUCAAUCAGUAUUAAAAAAUUGUUCUAUAUAAGGUAUCAGAAAACAAUAAUAAUAAUACAUUCAUUACUAUUAUAAAGGUAUAAAAUGCUAUUGCUAUUUUUAUAAAAUUAAUAACACCUAAUGUAACUAAUUAUAAUAUAAUAAAUACAUUUUUUUUUCUGUGGUUUAUUUUUCCCAUGAAUUUUUUUUCCGUAGAUUAUUUUUCCAUGCGGCUUUUUAUUCCAUGGCUUUUUUUCGGUGGCUUUGUUUUCCUAUAUCCCAAAUAUUUCACCAACAUAUAAAAAUACGACUAUAAAAAACCUUUUUCUCUUGCCAAACUGAUUUUCUCUCAUCGUACCUAUUGACGAUGUUUCAAUGGAAUUUGAUCCCGUCCGGCAUAUAGAUGAAAUCGUUGAAGAUAAGUUUUCGAAAUCGUCAUUCGCUACCUAGGUACCUAUUUUUACCCAAGCUUAAAUAAAUUCGAUAUCAAACUUCCAUAUCAAAAUCCAUUAACUAAUGAAACCCAUGAAUUGUAAAUGCAAAACAUCAACCAAAGAAAUAAAAUUUCAAACUUCUACAUCUGAAUCUUACAAAGUUGUUAUUAAGUUAUUAAAACAGGAAAUGUUUCUUUUCAUUCUUAAUUCUUAUCAGGUUAACCGAGAUAGAUAAACCAUAUAGGUACCUAUAGUUGUUAUUAAAAACUUCCAUCCAUAAAUCAACUUAAAAUUUGUUAAAUAUAAACUUUCAACUUUAGGUUUCUAAACCAGAAACAUCAGGAAUGUAAUCUAAAGACACACUAAAUUACUCCCUCACUACUAACAGAUAAUUUCUAUUCAAAUCAUUGCAAAUCAUAUAACUAGUAUCUAGGUACCCCUAUAACAAUCACCUCACAACCAUUAAACCAAAAAAUUACAUAUGGUGACUUUACAGAAUUAUUCUCCUACUAGGGGAAUAAUUUUAUAAUCAGUGGUAACUCUACCAGUUGUCCAACUUACUGAUUUAUUCAAACUAAUAGGCACCCAAACAUACUAGACAUUUUUAUAUAUUCUACCCCAACAACCUAUCACAAUUAAUUUCUUACAUCACGGACCUUUACUUGGACUACACACACCAGUAAAAUUAGUUAUUAAUUGGGAAGAUAAUAAUACUCCUAAGCAUUCUUCGUUUACUCCAGGCCCAAUUAAUUGGUUCGGUACUCUAACCAGAAAAAAUUUUUGGGGGUAAGAGGCCUAAUAAUUUCUAUUAUUACCUAUUUAUCUAUAAUUUUUUUAGAUUGAUAAAAUACAUCUAAAUAACGAUAACUCCUAAUAAAACAAACGAUUUCGGAAACAUGUGCCUGAAUGCCCUCCUGGCUACAGCACUGAAUUGGUUCCAUUAUAAAAACACCUCUAUCUAUUAAUGUAUUUUCAUUAUUCUUUUCUUUUAAUGCUAUUAACAACCAAAACAAUUAUUAUAAAUUAUUGUUAUUUACAGGUAGGUAAAUUCAAUAAUUUCAACAAAGUUCAUUAACUGCUCAGAUUCUAAAAUAAUAAUUUGUAUUUUAUUAUUAUAGGAACUUUUGGUUUACCAUUCGGAAUGUUUAUGUCUCAGCCAGUUUGCAUUGAGAAUGGUGAAUGGAAACCUAAUUUUGACUUCCCUGAUCCGGUUGGAAAUAUUAUUUCGGACAUAGUGUCUAAUGUAACAGAAAUAUUGAUUGAAUUCAAUCUCAGAAAAAGGUUUACAACAAAUUGGAAAGAAUCAAUGUCACAAAUAAUUAGUGAUAACAAUGGUGGAUUAUAA